AUGGCGAUGAAAGACGAAGCAUUACCACUUAGUUUGGAUGGUCGAUCACGCAAUCCAACAACACAAGUGCCGACAAUUAAUUACACCGGUAGAGCUGAGGCGGAUAUUCGUCGGUCACCUAAUGAAGGAAUCGGUGCUUGUGGAUGGGCUCUGGUGAUAUUAUCUUAUUUUCUUAUGAUCAUAACAUUACCAUUUUCUUUAUUUUUAACGAUAAAGGUUGUACAAGAGUAUGAACGAGCUGUUAUUUUACGUUUGGGACGUAUUUUACCCGGUGGAGCUAAGGGUCCCGGUCUAUUUUUUAUCCUACCGUGUGUUGAUACAAUUGUUAAAGUUGACUUACGAACAGCAACAUUCAAUGUACCACCUCAAGAGGUAUUGACGCGUGAUUCAGUGACAGUUUCAGUUGACGCUGUUGUUUACAGUCGCGUUUUCAAUCCUAUCAUAAGUGUUACAAAUGUGAAAAAUACACAAUAUGCCACGCAACUACUUGCACAAACAUCUCUACGAAAUAUUCUCGGAACAAAAACAUUACAAGAAAUAUUGAGUGAUCGUGAAACCAUUGCUCAUUCAAUGCAGGUGCAUUUAGACGAAGGUACAGAUCCAUGGGGAGUUAAAGUUGAACGUGUAGAAAUUAAGGAUGUUCGACUUCCUGUAUCCAUGCAACGAAGUAUGGCAGCGGAAGCUGAAGCCUCACGAGAAGCGCGAGCUAAAGUCAUAGCAGCAGAAGGUGAACAAAAAGCGAGUCGAUCACUGAAGGAAGCAGCUGAUAUUAUUUCAGAGAGUCCCAUAGCACUUCAGCUUCGAUAUUUACAAACAUUGACACACAUCAGUGCUGAAAAGAAUUCGACAAUUAUUUUUCCAAUACCAGUAUUAUUAAGAAAUCAAAAUUUUGAACUUUCUUAUGAUGCUUUGAGUGACUGGAUAACAAAUAAUUCUAACAUUUUUCACAUCGAAUCAAAAAAUGAUCAAUGUUGUACAUCGAUCAAUGGAAUGUAUCAUCUUGUCUCUCCUGUUAACGGUACCGGUUCAAUUCAAACAGAUAACUUUAUUGUUAGUGGUUUAGGAUGGAUGGAUUUUUUAAUUGCUGGCUCAGCUAAUCCAGAUUUAUGUAGAUUAGAAUUAGUUUUAACAGAGAAUAAUAUAGUGAUUUAUAGUGAAAGUGGUCCAGGUUUAUGGCCAAGUUCAUCUGGAAAUUCAAAACCAUCUUGGAGACAUACACGAAAAUUUUGGAAUGUAUCAUCUUACUUAGGAAAAACUGUUUAUUUACGUUUAAUAGAUUAUUCAACGGAUGGAUUUAUUGCUAUUGAUGAUAUUCAUACUGAAGUAUCACAUCUAGAUAUUCUAUUUAACAUUAGAUAUUUAAAUUAUCGCCCACUAUAUCAUUUUUCACCAGAUACCAUGUGGAUGAACGAUCCAAAUGGUUUAGUGUAUUAUGAUCAAGAAUAUCAUCUCUUUUUUCAACAUUAUCCAUACGAUAAAAAAGCCAUGAAUAUUCAUUGGGGACAUGCAGUUAGUAAAGAUUUAAUCACCUGGACUCAACUACCGAUCGCAUUACCACCAGAAGAUGCAGUUGCUGGUAUAUGGUCGGGUUCAGCUUUUGUUGACUGGAAUAAUGCAUCCGGCUUUCAAAAAAAUCAUAACACAAAACCUUUAAUAGCCAUAUAUACACAUCAAAAGCAUGGACACCAGGAACAACAUAUGGCUUACAGCAAUGACCGUGGACGUACAUGGACAAAAUAUGUUAAUAAUCCAAUUUUACCGAUGCACAGUAUAGAUUCUAAGUCAACAGAAGAAAAUGAUAAUAUUCUUACUCUUGUUCACCCUGUAUUUCGUGAUCCAAAAGUAUUUUAUCAUUACGAGACUGAAUCAUGGAUUUUAGUUGUCUCAGGUGGUACGCAUGUUAAAUUUUAUCGUUCAGAUAAUUUAGUUAAUUGGAAACUUAUGUCCGAAUGGGGUAAGGAACAUUAUUCUAAGACGCAUCCCGGUGUAUGGGAAUGUCCCGAUUUAUUUAAAAUGGAAACUGAGCAAGACAAAAAUGUGUGGGUUCUAAUUAUAUCUAUUAAUAGAAAUUCUGUUUCGGGAGGAUCAGGGAUGCAAUAUUUUGUUGGGACAUUUGAUGGUGUGCAAUUUACACUAAAUUCUAAGUCGUUAAAUACAAGUUUGUGGCUAGAUUAUGGACCAGACUAUUACGCUGGCAUUACUUAUUCUGAUAUUCCACACUAUGAUAAUCGUCGAAUAAUGAUUAGUUGGAUGAACAAUUGGCUGUAUGGACGGGAUUUGCCAACGUCAGUUUGGUGUGGACAGAUGGGCAUACCAAGAAGUUUAAAACUUUAUAUUGACCACUAUACAAAUUCGUAUCGUUUAUCACAGCAGCCUGUCAUUGAACUUUAUCAUUAUCAAAGAAAAUUAAUUUCAUUUCACCGUCAAAUGAUUCAUCAAGGAUCAAAUCUAUUAGAAAAUAUCCUCGGUGUAACAUAUAUAAUCACAGCAUCAUUCAAUCUCAAUACAUCUAUUUUUAAUUGUCAGACAUGUGAACUAGGUUUUCAAUUUCGAAAAAGCAGUGAAAAUAUGAAAGAGUACAAAGAGUAUACCACUAUAAGAUAUGUUCCAUACAACAAUACCAUCUAUUUUGAUCGUAGUCAAUCGGGUGAAACACGAUUUCAUUCAGGGUUUCGGACAAACUAUAAUAUAACGCUUGACGAUGAAGUAUUCGAUAAAGGUUUAUUAAAAUUUCAAAUACUCGUCGAUCGUUUAUCAGUGGAACUGUUUAUAAAUGAUGGAAAAUAUGCAUUCACAGCGCUCAUUUUUCCUGAUUUUAAUAGUCAAAAUAUGGCACUGUUCACAAAUGGAGCAGAUGUGAUGAUUGAUUACGCAGAUAUAUUACUUUUGUAG